AUGGGCUCAAAAAGAAGAUUUUCAGAUCACGAACAUCCUGAUCCAGUUAAAACAUCCAUUCCAGAAUUGGCAGCAGAAAUCACAGAGGAAAAAUUAAAGAAAAAUCCACCUUCUCCCGAACCACCUUUAGUCCAUCAUGAUGCCGGUGAGUUUAAGGGGCUUGUUCGUCAUCAUACCACAGCUGCACAAGCGUUUACUUUAGAAGAAGGUAAAACCAACCCAUUUACUGGGAAUGCUUUCACUCCAAAAUAUUUCGAUAUUUUAAAAAUUAGACGUGAAUUACCUGUUCAUCAACAAAGAGAUGAAUUUUUAAAGAUUUAUCAAGAGAACCAAAUUAUGGUUUUCGUUGGUGAAACCGGUUCCGGUAAGACCACUCAAAUUCCACAGUUCGUCUUAUUCGAUGAAAUGCCACAUUUGGAAAAUACCCAAAUUGCAUGUACGCAACCUCGUCGUGUUGCUGCAAUGUCUGUCGCACAGAGAGUUGCUGAAGAAAUGGAUGUGAAGUUAGGUGAAGAAGUUGGUUAUUCCAUCAGAUUUGAAAAUAAAACUUCUAACAAAACUAUUUUGAAAUAUAUGACUGAUGGUAUGCUAUUAAGAGAGGCAAUGGAAGAUCAUGAUUUGAAACGUUAUUCAUGUAUAAUUUUAGAUGAAGCGCACGAACGUACUUUAGCAACUGAUAUCUUGAUGGGUCUUUUGAAACAAGUUGUGCAAAGAAGACCUGACUUGAAGAUUAUCAUCAUGUCGGCUACUCUAGAUGCAGAAAAAUUCCAACGCUAUUUCAAUGAAGCACCAUUGUUGGCUGUUCCAGGUAGAACUUUCCCAGUUGAACUUUAUUAUACACCUGAAUUUCAAAGAGAUUAUUUAGACUCUGCCAUUCGUACCGUCUUACAAAUUCAUGCCACCGAAGAAGCUGGUGAUAUUUUGUUAUUUUUAACUGGUGAAGAUGAAAUUGAGGACGCAUGUAGAAAAAUAUCUCUCGAAGGUGAUCAGUUAGUUAGAGAUGAAGGAUGUGGUCCUUUAUCUGUGUAUCCAUUGUAUGGGUCCUUACCACCACACAUGCAACAACGUAUUUUUGAACCAGCGCCAGAAUCACAUAAUGGUAGACCAGGUAGAAAAGUUGUUAUCUCUACCAAUAUUGCAGAAACCUCUUUGACUAUCGAUGGUAUUGUUUACGUUGUUGAUCCAGGGUUUUCCAAACAGAAGGUUUAUAACCCAAGAAUUAGAGUUGAAUCCCUGUUAGUUUCUCCAAUAUCAAAAGCUUCUGCGCAACAAAGGGCUGGUCGUGCCGGUCGUACAAGACCAGGGAAAUGUUUCAGAUUGUAUACUGAGGAAGCAUUCCAAAAGGAAUUAAUUGAACAAAGUUAUCCUGAAAUUUUGCGUUCCAAUUUAUCCUCUACUGUCCUUGAAUUGAAAAAAUUAGGUAUAGAUGAUUUAGUUCAUUUCGAUUUCAUGGAUCCUCCUGCCCCAGAAACUAUGAUGAGAGCUCUAGAAGAAUUGAAUUACUUAGCAUGUUUAGAUGAUGAAGGUAACCUAACAGCAUUAGGUAGAUUAGCCUCUCAGUUCCCAUUGGAUCCCAUGCUGGCGGUUAUGUUAAUUGGUUCCUUUGAAUUCCAAUGUUCUCAAGAAAUACUGACCAUUGUUGCUAUGUUGUCUGUUCCUAACGUUUUCAUUCGUCCAUCUAAAGAUAAGAAACGUUCGGAUGAUGCUAAGAAUAUAUUCGCACAUCCAGAUGGUGAUCAUAUUACGCUUUUGAACGUCUAUCAUGGAUUUAAAUCUGACGAGGCUUAUGAAUAUGGUAUCCAUAAAUGGUGUCGUGAUCACUACUUGAAUUACAGAUCAUUAGCUGCCGCUGACAAUAUUCGUAGUCAAUUGGAAAGAUUAAUGGUUCGUUACAAUUUAGAGUUGAACACUACUGAUUACGAAAGUGCGAAAUAUUUUGAUAAUAUUAGAAAAGCUCUUGCCUCUGGCUUCUUUAUGCAAGUGGCCAAGAAGAGAUCUGGUGGUAAAGGUUAUAUUACUGUGAAAGAUAAUCAAGAUGUUCUAAUUCAUCCAAGUACAGUUUUAGGUCAUGAUGCAGAGUGGGUUAUUUACAAUGAAUUUGUUUUAACCUCCAAGAACUAUAUAAGGACGGUUACAUCAGUAAGACCGGAAUGGUUGAUAGAGUUAGCUCCAGCAUAUUUCGAUCUAGAUAAUUUCCAAAAAGGUGACGUCAAGUUGUCAUUAGAAAGAAUACAACAAAAGAUGGAAAGGAUAAGCGAACUUGGAGAUAUAAAAUUGAAAAAAGAGAAAAAGGAUAAGCAUAGUAAGAAAAGCAAGAAGGAUAGAAAAUAA